UCCACCUUCACUCUUGUUCUUUCUUUCUUCAUAUGUGUUUUGUAUCCUCUCGGGCUCUAUGGUGAGGCCACAAAGCGCUCUUUGUCUGUUAGGCCUCUGCGCUGAGGUGACCCGUCAUUGGCUCCUGUCUCUCGCCCUUGAGACCGGAUUGGCCGGUGUGGUGUGUGUAUCUAGGUGGGAACAAGUGAGAAAGGAGCUGAUUCUGAAUAAGCUCCAGUAUGAAGUGGGGACGCACACAUUUACACGGACACAGUCACAUUCAUGCUCACCCACACAUGCAGACAGAAGCGUGUUUCCAGGAUGCCGGCCUGCUUCCCAAUGCAGUUUUCUCUGUUCCUCCUCUUCGCGGUGCAACUGAUGCCGACCAGUCCGGUGGGUGAGGAGGUGCCCCGUGGUAAAAGCAGGAAGAGAGUGAACCCAGUGGUCCACACUGAGGCUCCUGAGCCGGACCCCAUCGCUGACGCGUAUCGCUACUGUAACCUCCCCAACCAAACGGAGCACACAUGGGAGGGACACAGCCUGGCUGACUACAAACUGCUGUCUGUGCAUGUGAUGAUUCGCCAUGGCGACCGUUAUCCCCUCUACUCCAUCCCCCAGACCAAGCGGCCAGCCAUAGACUGCACUCUGUCACCAAACAGGAAGCCCUCUCACCCUCUCCUGGCCUCCUUCAUCAGUCACAUGGCUCAGGGUGGGCGUGGCCACUGGGACGCAUCACUGGGCUCUAUGCCCCGAGUGCCCAAUCACAGCAGCUGUGAGAUGGGGGAGCUCACACAGACAGGCGUGGUCCAGCACUUGAAAAAUGGCGAGAUUCUGCACCAGGCCUAUAUCAGACGCCACAGGCUGCUGCCUCCUGAUUGGUCGCCGCGGCAGGUGUUCAUGGAGUCCACAGGUAAAAGCCGGACGCUGCAAAGCGGCUUGGCUCUGCUCUACGGCUUCCUGCCGGACUUCCCCUGGUCCAAGCUGACGGUCAGGCAGCAGUGGAGCACGCUGUUCUGCGGCUCGUCCUGCGACUGUCCGGCCAGGAGCCGCUACCUGGACCUAGAGCAGAAGCGGCAGUACCGGCAGCGGACCUCGGACGCAGAGCUGGAGCACACUUACAUUGCCAUGGCGACAGUCCUGGGCGUGGCCACUCGGACGCUGCGGGCUGCCAAUCCGGUGGACUCGCUGCUGUGCCACCUGUGCCACGGUCUUCCUUUCCCUUGUGCUUACACUAACUCUAUUACUCACACCCAGGGGGCGUGUCUCACGCUUAAUCACUUUGCUGUGAUUCGACGGCAGCAGCGUGAUGAUGAGCGGGAGCGGCAGGAGGCGGGACUUUACCGCCGCUAUGCCGUGCUGGCGGCCCACCCGUACCUGAACCGCACCGCGCUAAGGAUGGAGGCGGCGGUGAGGCGGAGACACAAGGGCGCCGAGGAACCUGUUUUCGCGCUGGCCUCCGCCCACGAUGUUACCAUGGCGCCGUUGCUAAGCGCACUAGGGCUGGAACGGGCGGGGUUUCCGAGGUUCGCGGCCAGGCUGGUGUUUGAGCUGUGGAAGAGUCCGGAAGCAAAGGAGGGAAAAGGAAAGAAGGGAGGAGCUGUGGAGAACGCGUUCAUUCGAGUCCUCUACAACGGACAGGACUUGACUUUUGACACCGACUUCUGCCGGGAUCAUGACCGUCACUCUGCCCAGCCGCUGUGUCCUCUGAGUAAAUUUCUGAAUUUCGUGAGAAGGGACAUGUUUAGUAUCGUCAACGCCACAAGCUACCAGGAGGCGUGUCAUCUGACCGUACUGUAGAGAGGGAGAGACAAAGAGAGAGAGAGACAGAGAGUUUAGUUUAUUUUGCACAAUUUAAAAUACACACAAAUAGACUAAGACAACAUACAGUGAAGGGAGAGGCCAAAAAACUAAUAGGCUUAUAUAAAACCUCCACCUAAAUAACAAUAAAAUUAUACAAUAUAAUGAAAAAUACAAAAUAAUAGUCUUUACAAAUCAAGUGCGAAUUAUUCAGACGUCUGGAAAUGAAUUGAAACGCAUGUAUAACUGAUUAUAUCUUCACACCAAACAUGAAAAUGCAACAUUAUUUUAUUCACUGUCUGUUCGACCUUUGCAAACUCGUGAACUCACUCGUCCUGUCACUGUUGUCUCUGACGGUGACAUGAGGUCGACCAAGAAGACAGAUCAGCCGUAUCCCGACAACUACAACUUUUUACAAAGCUCAGAAGGAUUAGUUCACCUUCCGCUUUGUCAUGUGUGGUGCUGCAUCUCCAAAAGCAGCUGAAACUGCGUUACGCACAUCCAAGCUAUCUUUUAGAGCUCCCAUGAAGUUCCAGCUCCUGAAUGAGGUGGUGAAACACUCGGUUCUCCUGUAGCUUUUCUAAAAUGUACUGUAGUCUAAAGAGUGACACUGUUUGCCUAUUUUCAUGAGGAGCAAAGGAUAUUUUAUGCACCUAAAGACAUUUUGCUUGUUUGUAGAGAUUUUUUUUCCGGCAAAAUUUGAAGACAAA